AUGGUUACUACGAAUUCAGCAGCGGAACGUCCAAGUAAUCAACUGCAAUACUCGAAAUGGAGAUAUGCAUCAAUUGUCUUUGCCUCGUUCAUAAUCAGCUUCACCGCAAGCGGCCUCCUUUUCAGUUUCGCCGUGUAUCAAGAACAUUACAAGGCCAUAAUUCCUACGGCAGGAACUCCCUUUACUGGCGCCUCAGCUGCUACCAUUGACCUCAUCGGAACCCUAUUAGCCGCACUGAUGACCAUCGUAGCUCCAUUUGUCAUGACAUGGACAAAGUACUAUGGUCCUCGACCUGUAGUAUGCCUCGGUGGAAUACUAUUCAGCGUAGCCUCAGUUCUCGCAAGCUUCGGUAGAGCUCUCUGGCACUUCCAGCUUGCGCAGGGACUAUUGCUAGGGUUCGCCACCGGAUUUUCCUUUGUACCUUCCAUGACAGUUGCCCCUACUUGGUUCGGCAAACAGAGAGGCCUCGCCAUGGGCAUUGUAUCUGCUGGCACAGGCAUAGGCGGUUUAGUGUGGACGCCUGCAAUUUUGGCCUGCAUUGGUAGCUUGGGUUUCCGAAACACGUUACGGUUGACCGGAUGUUUGGCUACAGUGCUCAUCUGCAUCUCGGGAUUUAUUCUCGACUGGGAAACGGUGUUUUUCGCCCAGGCUGCCAGCACGCUAUUUCAGAGUGCUGCUUAUUACAUCCCGGUAUUCUUUACUGUCACCUAUGCCAAGACACUGGGAUAUACUGAAGAAGAAGGCGCAAAUCUAACUGCGGCCAGCAACGCUUGCAACGCCAUUGGCAAGAUUGCUGUUGGUUUCAUCGCAGAUAAGUUGGGCAGGCUCAAUUCGUUCUUUUUGACCACAUUACUCACAGCCUUUGUUUGCGUGGGACUCUGGAUUCCAAGCACACUAAUCGGUGACAGCAACGAAACAGCCUCCCGUGGUCUUUUUGUCAGUUUCACUGUCUUAUACGGACUCCUAGCCAGCGCCUUUAUCAGUUUAUUUCCGGCAGCACUUAUCGAGUUAUUUGGUGUUCAAGAGCUGCCACGAAUUGCAGGUGUCAUGUAUAUGUUGCAAGGAUUGGCCACUCUUGUAGGUACACCUGUUGCGGGUGCACUCGUCCGACGUGAAGGAUUGUCUAGAAGCUCUAGGGACUACACCGCCAUGUCAGCGUGGGCUGCAGCACUGAUGACUUCGGCUGCGAUCGCAGUCGCUGGAGUGAGGCUCGAAGCAAUGAAACGAUCAGGCAACGGAACAUCGAAGCGAAAGUGGAACAUCGAAUUGAAAAGAAGCCAUGACGGACGAACCUUGCCCAACAAUUAUUCUGAUGGCCCUGAAGGCGCUGGAAAAACAACCAUUGGAAAAGUCCUUUCACAGUACCUCAACAAAGAACUAUUCAGCCUCGAUCGACAUCGCAAAGAGCUCUAUGCACCCUUUGAUUACGAUGAUGCACGUGCAAACAAACUAUACGAACAAGAGGGCGUGGAGGGUUUGUUGAAGUACUGGAAGUACUUUGAAUACAGAGCUGUCGUGGACAUCUUGCAAAAUGCUCUGAAGCCCGGGGAUAGGUUUUACGGCAAGAUACUCGACUUUGGGGCGGGCCAUUCCAUCUUUGAGGACAAGGAGGAACUCGAUCGUGUCCAGGAGCUUAUGUCCCCUUAUAGAGGGGUCUUCCUUAUUCUUCCGUGUGAGGACGUGGAGGAGGCGCUGAGGAUCAUGGAGGAACGGAGAGGCCAUGAGUUGAGCUACAACCGACACUUCCUGGAUCAUCCAAGCAACAAGAAACUGGCAAAGCACAUUAUCUACACGAAGGAUAUCAGUCCGGAGCGGAGUGCUGUGAUGAGGUUUUAG